AUGAAGAUGCUAAAACUGAAGCGAGCGUUUGGACCCGGACCAGGGCGUCGUCAUUGGCUCGAGCCAAAGAUGGGAAAACAGGCGUCGUUGAGAAAGAGUAGAGAAAAAAAAACAACAAAAAAGAGACACGCGGGACGUCGACUUGUUGGAAUUCUUCGAGUGUUUCACCGCUCCAGGGCGUCUUCCUUCUUUUUCUUUUGUUUUUACUGCUUUGAUGUUGUUCAAGACAAGCCGGACAUAUGUGGCGUCGCCAAGGUUGAAGUGUCUCGGAGACGCAGAGAGGGAUUGACUCGUGCGUCAGAUGUUUGGAAGGCGCUGCCACGAGGUAAAAGGAACGACGGCCGCGGUCAGAUGAUUGGAGUAUUGAUUGGCCAGCCCGGCGGUCCUCUCACUGGGACGGUGCAGUACGGAUGCAGUCAGAGAGAGACACUGCGGAGAGAGUUAGAGCGAGUCGAGUCGAGUCGAGUGCUGAUGAAGGAACGAGAUUGGCGGUCAGGUGGAGGAAUGUCGGCCAAGCACUCUGUAUCGAAACAGAGGAAAGAAAAGAUGGACUGCAGAUGGCAGUGA